AGCGUCACAGCGGGCGGACGCUCACCACCGACGCUUCUCUCGUUCGCCUCGCACUCGCCUCGCUCAUUCUCUCUCUCCCUCCCUCCCUAUCUCCCUCUCGCGUCGCGUUCGGUUCGUUCUCUUUGGCCAGCAUCUCCAGUGUCAUUUCGACGUCCAGCAACGGCGUGAGUCGCCAGACGAAUCACGUCGCACAGCCUCGCCUCACCCUUGCUCGAAUAUACGCGCGUGAGAUCCGCUCCGCCUGUUAAAGGCGCAUCCUUCGUCGUUCUAGCCGGCUACGUGCAAGGCCCUUUCUUCUGUUUUGUUUUUUCAUCCGUUGCGUUCCUCGUUCCAUCGUUCGUUCCUCUCCCCGACCGAAUCCACCCCGAAUUCUUUUUCACCCUCGUUCGCGUACGUUCCGUUUUCGUUUACGAUUCAUCGUGAUUCCAUGCGAAUGAGAAGAAAUGCGCGCACGGAACCGUUUCCCGUGGCCGUGCGGUUAUCCACGGUGGUCGUAUGUGGUAGUGAAUUUGUGACGAACGAUCAUCAUCUGUGAAAGGAAUAUUAUCGCUGCCGGAUGAAGAGGCCAGGACCGCGAAUGUUCGAACACUGGAGAUCAACCGGUGAUCGCGGCGAUGAGAAACCCGUCGCGUUACGCACACCUCGUGGUUCCGUUCUCCCCUCGACGAAGCGCGAACUGUCGCGAUUACCACACGCGCUCACCCUAUGAAAAGUGAAGUCGAUGGUGAAAAAAUUCUCGUUCUCGGCGAGAAACCGAACGCCCCCGAUCCUAAUACCGUCGCGUCGAUCACUGCCUUUCGAGGUUAGAUAAUGGAUUUCGGAUAUCCUCUCUUCGCUUGCCUUGAAAUCAUCUGCGAUAUUUUUACGAGCAUUUUUAUAUUUUGUUUCGUAAAACCGCUAAUGGCAUCUUCUAUCUCCGAUGCAACGUGUCCCAGCACUAUAAAUAUUAAGUUUUAAACGAAUCUAAAUUUUCGAUGAUGCCACUGAGAGGAUUUCAAGAAAGGGGCGAACAACCCGAAGAGGAAGAGACGCGAGUGUUUCGUUCCGCGAGUGAAAUCUUCGCGUGGCAGAAAGGCGCGGACGUGUUGUCGUGCGCCGAGCACCGCGCGAAUCGAUAAAAUUGUAAAAUAUUUACAAGGACGAGCAGUAACCACACGGGUUCGAGGCGAAUCGAAGAAGCGUAGACGAGCUGGCAUUGAAACCUGAUAAAACCGAACGGGGAAGAAAAACGAAGGAGAACGCGAAUCGAUCCGCGGUGCCACGUUGGAACGGAUUUCGCGAGGUUUUAGUUUUCGCAACUUUACACGCGUCCUAGAGAAAGGGAAGAAUCGCAAAUCGAGAUCUCUCAGCAACAACACAGGUGAUCCUGAUUGGAAACCGUAAACGGUGAACGUCGAGAUUCCCGUGAGAUUAAACGGGUUCGGGACGUGGACAUGGUCUGAUCGGGUCUUCGUCUACGCUAGUCCCUCCGUUCGAUCGAACGCGAUGAACGGUAAAAACGCAACAUUAAACAUGAGCGAACCGUCAUUGGUGAACUCUGACAGACGAUUACACGCCGCGAUGGAGCGCGGUACGUUCGUUAGUGAAGUGUAUCCCAGCGAUGAACAAACAGAGUUUAUAACGCGUAACAGUGCCACCGAUAUCCCGGCCUCAGUGGACCUGACUUGAGGAGAAACGGACGUAAAUGUCACUGAGAAGCUACGGAAGCCAGUGUCGACACUCUCGAUCCCGGGAGCGAUGAAGAACAGCGGCGGUGUGGCCGGUGGGGGUAGCGUGGGUGGCGGGGGCGUGGGUGGCGGUGCUGGCGGCUGCGGCAGCGGGGGUGCCACCGGAACCGGCGAGGAAGCCGCUAUAGCCCUGGUCGGCAUGCACUCGGAGUACCCUAGGUACGUCGACGACCGGGUCCUUGCGGGCCAGGUAAAGGGCCCGUCCGGGAGCAUCGGACCUGGCUCGAAGCACAAACCGAACGUCGGAUACCGGCUCGGCAGACGGAAGGCCCUGUUCGAGAAGCGGAAACGCAUCAGCGACUACGCGCUCGUCAUGGGCAUGUUCGGCAUCAUCGUGAUGGUCAUCGAGAACGAACUGUCCAGUGCCGGUGUCUACACCAAGGCCUCGUUUUACUCGACAGCACUGAAAACCCUGAUCUCCGUGUCUACUGUGAUACUGCUUGGCCUCAUAUUUGCUUACCAUGCCUUAGAAGUUCAGUUGUUCAUGAUCGAUAACUGCGCGGACGAUUGGCGGAUCGCGAUGACCUGGCAGAGGAUCGCGCAGAUCACGCUCGAGUUAAUGAUCUGUGUGGUCCACCCGAUUCCGGGCGAGUACUACUUCCUGUGGACGACCAAGCUGGCGAACAAGGGCGGCGACUUGGGCUCGAAAUGGGUACCGUACGACGUCAACCUGUCGCUGCCGAUGUUCUGCAGACUCUACCUCAUCUGUCGCGUAAUGCUGCUUCACUCGAAGCUGUUCACGGACGCGUCGUCGCGCAGCAUAGGGGCCUUGAAUCGUAUUAACUUCAACACCAGAUUCGUCCUGAAGACCCUGAUGACCAUAUGCCCGGGUACCGUGUUGCUGGUGUUCAUGGUCUCGUGGUGGAUCAUCGCCUCGUGGACGUUGCGCCAAUGCGAAAGGUUUCAUGACGAUGAGCUCGCGAAUCUCCUUAAUGCCAUGUGGCUCAUCGCUAUCACGUUUCUGAGCGUCGGUUUCGGUGACAUCGUGCCCAACACUUACUGUGGUCGAGGUAUAGCCGUUUCCACUGGAAUUAUGGGCGCCGGAUGCACGGCGUUGCUCGUGGCGGUCGUUUCUAGGAAGCUCGAGCUAACCAGGGCGGAGAAGCAUGUUCAUAACUUUAUGAUGGAUACGCAGUUGACGAAAAGGUUGAAAAACGCCGCGGCGAACGUGUUGCGCGAAACUUGGCUAAUUUACAAACACACUCGCCUGGUAAAGCGUGUCAAUCCGGGACGUGUUCGAACGCAUCAGCGGAAAUUUUUGUUGGCCAUAUACGCACUCAGGAAAGUGAAAAUGGAUCAGCGAAAAUUAAUGGACAAUGCCAAUACCAUCACGGAUAUGGCCAAGACGCAGAACACGGUAUACGAGAUCGUGUCAGACAUGAGCACGCGUCAAGACGCGUUCGAAGAGCGUUUGGUGGGUCUCGAUGACCGUCUGAUCGGCCUAGAAGAAAAACUGGCCGGUCUGCAGGCCUUGGUGGAGCUCCUGCCGGAGGUGCUGACCCGGUGUCUGGCCCAGCACGCCGAGCGGAUAGAACAGAGGCGCAACUUCCUCCAUCCGGACACCGCGGUCGCAAUGGGAAGCGGUGGUACCAGCGGCGGCGGCAGCGGCGGCGGCGGCGGCGGUGGCGGCGUGACCGGAAACAGCCUGUCGAUGGGCAUCUCGGUUUCCGCUCAUCAUCCCUUGGCGAAUCUGUCGAACUCGCUGCCACACUCGAGGAGCGUGCCGAGCGCGCCCAGCACGACGUCCCUGCACCCGUGGCCGGCGAACUCGAUUCUGCCACCGGUCUCGAGUCGGACGCCGCAUCUGGUGCCGGAAACCGGAAGGCACCAUAGCCAGGCACAUUCCACGGUGGCCACGACCACGACCUCGCAGUCGGCCACCAGGCUCACCUCGCAGUCCGGUAUGGGAGGAUUGGGCAACAGUCAGGGGUCUGAUACGUCUCCGCACAGCUGAGUCUCGUCUUUGCAGCCGCAGCACUCGUAUUAAACGAAAUACGAAACAAACGCGAAGGACGUUCAACGACCUCCUAACGACGCUCGCGGUAGGUACCUCCUGAGCUUCGAGUCCCUCUCGCGAUAGACAGCGAAAUUGGUCUUUUUCUCUGUAUAGUUUCUCUCCGUGUGUAAUCUCUGUCCCGGCUGUCCGUUGUACUCUGUCGGGGAUAGGAAGUUUAGUACUUCAGGUCCAUCUUCGAGUGUACUAGUGUCUUGACUAGCGAUAGAAGUCGUGUUCGGUUGACAGUGGUUUAACGUCGGCUUGGCCGCGAGGCUGCUGCGAUGUACAGUCGACUCACAGUUAUUAAGUGUUCCGCGGAGUAUAAAUACGUCCUGUGUUUGUCCUUCAGUUUAGUGUCUCGCGUCGCUGAAAGUGCCACGUAUCUAGUGUUCGUUUCUUCGAGUCGAGUUUCGUAGCUCCGGUGAACCUUUACGCUUCUCGAUCGGGAAAUUGAGAAGUAUUAUUAGCGAUGUAAGGAGAUUCGAUGAGGAAUCUGAACAAGGCCCCUAUACAGUGCGCAGACUGCCUAAAGCUUCGGAGAACGAAUUCUGAAUGGACUCGCGUCUCUCGGCGUCCCCUCGAUUUCAGAACAUCGAUUUCCUCCGUGCUAAUUUGAAACGUUUACAAGGCCAAAUACUAAUAGCAACUAUAGCCAAGCCUCGUGGUCAACGCCGACCGACAAGGACCACUCGCCUAUAUACUUUUAUAGCCGCAGAUAUGAAAAACGAAAGUCUUGCAGUAGCAUCGACAACGGGUCCAAUCCUCUUCCCGAUUGACUGUGUCUUCUUAAUUAAUAAAAAGGGAACUGUACACGCUCACACGAAUUACAGACACGAAUACACAGACACUUAUUUAAAAAAAAAAAAAAUGAAGGAAAACUCGAUCCAAAGUUUACGAAACAACGAUGGAGAUUCACAGAGGGAGGGACUCGAAGGACGCGAGCGUCCACUUCCAAAUCGCUGCGAGCUGCUCCCCUGCCCAACUUGCGUGCCUGAAAACUUUUUUCUUAAAAUAUUUAAAUAAUAUAUUCGACACAUAAACACACACACACACACACAUACACACGUGCGCGCGCGCGCGCGCGUACACACGAACACACAUGAACUCCAUAUUAUCUCUGCAUACCUCGUGACUAACGAAGAAAACGGUGAGUUUGGAGAAAAAAAGAACAGGUGAACAGACACGAGACGUGUUUGACAAAUGUGAGAAAAAGAAGAGGACGUAUCCCCUCGACGAAGAUAAGGGUGGCUCUCUCAAGCUGGACGAACUUUUUAUCUUUUAAUAAACGCUCUGAGAAGCGUUUGUAGAAAAAAGAAAUAGAAAUCGUUGAAAAAGAUUCUAUUCGUUUCGCUUUCGUCCCAGAUCGCUAGAGAACGAAAAGAUAGCGUGGGCACUCGAAAUAUUUAUUGAGUUUCAUUUUAAACAAUUCUGUGACAAGUAUUUGCAACCUUGUGAUAGAUUUUUAAGUAAAAUUUUUAAUCGCUUAUACAAACGGUAGAUUGAUGAUUAUGGUUUGAUAUCCUCGAACCGUCUGACACACGCUGCUCCACUUACCUCGCUAUCUUCUUCUCUUCGCGAACUAAUUCUUACGGUUUUUUGUCGACGAAAGAAAAAGGGAACCGCGAAUGGAAGAUGUACACUUCUUUCAGGGAACUGUGAUUAACGCAACGUCGAGACGCUGCUGAAACUUUCGGAUAUUAAUGCCCUUGUGUUACAAAGUACAAUCACGUGGUGACGUAUUUUUAUGCGAACGAUCGUUUAUCAACCCUCUCGAAAUUAUAGUUAUUCCGACGAGAAUUUAUUUAAUACCUGGACAAUUUAUAAUUGGUUUAUUAAAAGGAGAUUAUAUUUACAAAAUUCCUGCAAAAUUGGCUGCUUACUUCUUCACGACUCGUUCACCCUUCCCUAUCUGAAACACGUUAGUGUUCGACGAAACAUCUCGUGAUUGUACCACGCGAUAGUUUCUGAAAAAUAUAAUCGAACAAUGGAAGAAGAAAAGCAGCGUCGAAGGAUUAAUCAAGGAGUGAUAAGUAACGUCAGCUGUUGCUCGAAAAUCGAAUCGAGCUUAGACGAGCCACGAUGCGAAAAGGUCUGACCAUGUCGAUGGAUGGAAGGGAGAACGCAAAGUGAUCUUAUCCGCUUUAACGUCCGUAGGUUACAACAUAGGAUAUUAUAUCGUUAACAUAAUACAAAGUGUACGUACACGGCGCAUGGGUACAAACAAGAGGCCAUGUCCUCCACUAAAGGGGAAAUUUUUUAUAAACGGUCUACGCACGACAGGCGUACGCGCGUGGUGCACGUAGAUGGUCCUUGGUCCACGUAAACAUUGAUUUUAUCGAAAAUUGUCCGACGAAUAUGGCGUCAUGGUGGACGUCAAAGAGAAGAACGCGGCAACUUGGUUCCGAUGCACGGAGGGUUGGUUGCACACGGAUACUACAAAGGACGGUCGUCGCGUUUCCUCUCUGCGGAAACAGAAGCGAAUUCAAGGGUGUAUAAACGGACGCGAACUUUGAACGAUCAUGACCUACAAGUUCCUGUACCUCGAUUUCGUUUCUAAUAAAUGAUGAUAAUUCUAUAGGUAGGUAGCAAUGUGUUCAGAAAAUUCGAAGUUAGGCGAGAUUCUUCGAAGCAUCCAGAAAGUGUUCCCGUUACUUCUACUUUCGAUCGGGGAGAAUGUUAAUAAAAUUCUUGUCGGGAAGGAAACGGUCUCUGCCAGAGAUGUAACAAAAUUACGGAUGUUUAAAAUGUAGGUCACCGAAGGAAGCGUCUUUAUACAUAAUUGAAUUCCACUGUAAUUGCUUCAAUUAUAUUGUUCCUUGUUUUUAUCGUUUAGAAAUUCGUUAUGAAACCUAGAUUACACUAUUUUUUAUUUUUUAUUAUUAUUCAUACGAUGUUGUUACGUGCAUCCACGCGAGGAGUCCUUUAUCACGGGAUGGACAUAAUCGAAUGGAAUGAACGACUGUGUCGACGAAUAGGAAUGUAGUCGGUUCGCCAACGAUGAAUCUGAUUGAAAUGACACUUAAAACAGGAAAUAAAAAAUAUUUACACGAAACAUGUACCUCCAUAUACUUUAUAAACGACACGAGUUUUUAUUUCUUAACACGUACCGUGGCAACAUUUCCAGAGACGUUUAACGUGAAACACAAAAAGAAAUCAAUCGUUUACACUCGAGAAGGAUGAAAAUACUUUUUCCGAUUCGAACAUUUCCUGUUUACGUCAUCAUUUCGAUCAGUCUCGAGAGUUAUCGCGUGCGACCGUGAAAACCGAACGUAAGGGUCGUGACGGAAGCUCCCGCGACCACGGACUCGACCUUAUAAAUCCUUGCGAUGCGAGGGUGGCCUAACUUCCGGUCGCGUGACGGUCCCGCAGCUCCGGCAAGUUCGCCAAACGCGAUCGCACCGAUAUUUACCAUCCGAUACGGAAACCGUACCUAACGGUGUUACAUCGCGUCGGCGCGAUCGUACGAAUCGAGUUAAUUACGUUAAUUGAUACUAAACGUCGACGUUGACUACGCGAUCCACGGAAGGGGGGAUUAAAACACGACGAGCACACGUUAACGAGCCGCGUCGGCCGAAAUUAAUCGCGUCACGCGACGCGACGAUUAAUUUCUUCGACGGGGCCGGUCACACACCACGCGUUCUGUACAUACGUACACGUACACACGGAAACCAGAAUACAUGGACACAGAUGAAGUUACACGUACUAUAUUAAUAAUAUAUUAUGAUAUUCCGUAAUGCAUCGUUUCGUAAUAUAUUAUUAAUUUCGAGCACAAUAAUAAUUCGGCGUGUUGUUACGUUCGCUCGUUGUUAAAAUGCGACGCGACGCGACGGUGCGCAGAAAUUCGUUCUUCUCAGAUGAUUGAUCAAUCCCGAAGAUGUUCAGACUUCCGAGAAACGAACACACACGUACGUACGCCGUGAACAACGGCGAUUAACGAGGCGGGAGAACAAUAAAUGAAAAACAAAUAGUAGAAUACAAAAAAAAGAUCGUGAGAUCGAUAGAGAAACUAAGGGAACCUGAAGAUCGAGAUUUUUGAGGGCAGAUAAGAUCGAAGGUCUCGAAGAGGAAUAAAAACACGAAAAUGAAGAAUAAGUAGGAAGAGAGAUCGAUUCAGCUUAUUGGAAACGGGUCACGUGUUCCCAGACUGUUACCGUAAAGUUGAGAGAAAACGCGCACACAUACACGCUCACGCACGCUUGCGAGGAAGGGAAGAAUGGUUUGUUAAUCAACUCCGGAAGGAUUAAAAAAAAAAAACAGGAGAAGGAGACUUAUUCUCUGCCCGCAGAAAUGAACGGUCGAGCGUCCGUUUCCGCAACAAAAUGUUGGGACCUGGUUUGUCUUGUCCGUCAUUGUUUCAUUUCGAAAAGCGUUGUUUCGCGGCUACUCCGAAACGCGAAACGGGACCAAAGAUUAAAAAAAAAAAAAGACAAUUGUCACAAAACGUUUUCAUUCCCCUUCUGUCUUCUACCCUCUAGUCUCGCUGCCUCCAUCGAAUCUCUCUCUUUCUCCUAGUCUCUAUCUAUUUAUCUCUACCCAUCCUACACUUCUCUUUCCGUUAUCUUACGAACGUUACACUCAACCUUUUUCUAUAUCUGUCCCUCCUUCCUGUUUUCGUCUCCUUCUCUCUAAUUCUCUCUGUCGCGGCUCAACAUACUGGACACGACGACUCCACACGAUAUUUUUAUAUAGAUUUCUUAAAAGUGCAUUAUAGUGCCAGGAAGACCAUGCCAAGUAUAAAAAGAAUAAAGUAAAAAAAAAAAAAGUAAGUACACGUUAUAGACACGUUAUUACGAAGCUGUCUCGAUAUCGAAGCAUUAGGCGAUAUAGGGGACCGAGUCUCUAAAUAAGUAUUAUAACUAAGUAGCUGGACGAUAUCGACGACGUCGCGGUCGUCGACGAAGCGGCGCAUUUGAUCAUAAGGCACGCGUUCGCCAGACAAGAAUUCCCACGGAUCGAACAUGGGGGAUGGAACAUGAAUCAGCGCGUGUUUGUACACGUGAGGCGCGAUAUUUCACGAUGGAACCAAACCGAGCCGAUGAUUACUCGAUCCGAAAGGUCGGAGGGUGGACAUAUUAUUCCACUGUGUCGUUCAUUGCUAAUUGGCAUAAAAUUAGAAUGACGACUGCAAUCGCGAGUCUCCUACGCAUGCAUCGAACAACUCGGGAGGAUUUGUCAUCUGUUCAUUCGAACGGCGAAAUUAUACGAGAGAUUAACAUCGAACACCGACGGGAGGAUUGAUGAUUGGAUCGAACGAGGAAAGUGCAAUUUUUCAAUCGCGACGGGGGAAUAUUUUUCAGUUGUGACAACAGUACCUUCUCGAAAUAAAUGAUACUCGUUAAAAAGCCAAUUGUAAAUGUUGAUUAUUUCGAAUAAAUCGUUGAGGACUGGAGAGAACGAGAAACAAAUCGCACUCCGGUCCAUGGUUUUAUAUCAGCGGGAAUUUCGUUUUUAAAAACCAAACGGUCCGAUGCUUGAAAUAUUGCCGGAUUAUUCAGAACACAGAUAGACAAAAGAGAGACGAUAGAGAUCGAUUCGUUGGCUGGACGGUCAGACAUAUCUUAACAGCGACGGAUUGCGAGCAGAGGAACGCGCAGGAGGAGGGAAAACGGAAUCGUUACUGUGUGAUACAACCCAUGGAGAAGGAUCUUUCAACCGGCGCAGCGGUCUGCGUGUGUAUUGCCCGAGUGAAAUCGUUUCAUCGACGAUUCUUCUUCAUACGUUCAUACGCGCAACAUCUAUAUACCACAUGCGUGCACGGGACGAAGCGCUUCGUCUGUACAAGAGUGUGCUUACUUAUCGUUGUGCGAAACGAACGAAUGAAAGAGAAAUCCGAUCUUUUGUAACGAGGACUUGGUCAGUAAACGUGUUUAUUAAGAACAAAUUACUUGGAGUAACGAGAACAAACCGUGGAGACGAAGCAGCUUCCUUCCUGGCCGCAAAUACGCCGAGGUUCAUUUAUAUGUUUAUACCUGUACAUACAUAUGUGUAUACUAUAUUACGUAAUAUACACGAUAUUAUAGUAUAUAGUGUAUAUAUAUACAUACGUAGGUAUAAUGUUGGAGACGUGCAUUAUGGCCUUUGUUUCGCGAGCAGAGUUUAUACAUAUACAUAUACGUACAUACUUACGUCUCUAUGGAGUCACGGAGGGACACUUUUGUGUUCAGAGGCGCGACGUUAACAACCAUUAAAAAUAUCGUUGUACUUUCGCGUGCGUCGAGUGUUUCGUGAAUGUUUAAAUGUAAUACUUUAUAUGUGUACAUAUACAUAAUUACAUGUAUGUAUUUUGUACGUUCGAUGAGCUCGGAAAAGCUUGCUGAGAUGCGAAGCAGCGUGAUCGGAUAUAAGAGUGCUCUCUCCCCUUUAUCAUUUGUUAUAGAAAAUCCAUGUGAAAUACGAAAUUCCUAUAAUGUAAACAGGACAAGGUAAAAGUGUCGAUUUCACGACAUUUUGUUUUCAACUUCACCCUUCGAAAGACUUACUCGAGCUUAAUUUAAGAUCGGCAACUUGAGCCCACGUACGGACAGUCACGUUAUUUCAAUCGAUAUAUUGCUACGUUUCGAACCUGUUUGAUGUGUCCGAGCGCAUGCCAGUGUAAUGAAACGGAUUCCCGUGCUCACGGUGGUGAAAGGAACAUGCGUGAAGGCAACGGCUCCGUUUCGUUUGAUUGCGCCAGUGAAUCGUCAACAACGCUGUCAAUCACGAAAAUGCGUCGCGAGAAACGGAAUAUAUAGGUAUACAAAAGGAGAUCAAACAAGAAAAAUGCGCACACGAUCACUAAAAGUUACAGCUAAUGUACGUACGUGUAUCUAACACGAGAAAAUGAUGAACGAACGAUCAGGCGUAAGUGGAACGUAGAAUAAAAAAAACCGAACAUUUAUACGUACGUAAAAAUAAUAGUUGAACAGAGAGACACGUUAUUUCCAUGUUACAACCCUCGUAUACUUUUUCCUCUCCUGUUGCGAUCGAUGAAAAUUAUCGCGAAUAGUACGAAAAUCGUGAACGAUUUGAUCGGUCGUCUUUAGAGAAACGUACGAAGAGACGGCGUAAUAACGAACACAGAGGGAAGCGAUGAAAAGAAGGGAAAGAAUAAUAUCGGAGAAGGGCGGCCUCUCCGAAAGAUUUAUACGAAGCGUUAACUGCGUUACUACCAAUGUAUUAAUCAUUUAUUACCGUUGUUAUUAUUACGGAUGAUUAUUAUGAUUAUUACCGUUCAUGAUUAUUACCUACGAUGAAUAACCUGUAGCGUUUAAACGGUUUUAAGAAACUUUCAACCAGUUUAUUAAGAUCUCUACCAAAUAAUACCUAGCUACAGGCUGUCGCCGUUUAACUGUUACAUAAAAUGACCAAAGAAUUACUUAAGUAAUGUACUACCUAUUAAUCUCUAUAUAGGAUGAUCUAGCGACCACGAGUUUAAGGGGAAACAGUCUUUUUUAAUGAACUCUCUCUCUAUCUGUAUUUCCCUAUUUCUCGCACUAUUUGCCAUUGAAAGAAAACGCACAAGAUGCAGUUGUAUUUCCAUUACUCCCUCGUUACCUGAAUAUCAUUUUAUUCGUCCGUCAUUUCGCAUAAUCGUUUCCAAGUCAGCCGAUCUAUUCACAAGCAGUCAUUUCCACCGCCCGCGUCUGUGGCUGAUGCAUGGCUGACUCGUACUACUGAAAAUUAUCUUUCAUCGAACGAACCGCUCACGAAAGUGAUUUCACGUAAUCUGAAGUCUUUAUCAAUCGUUAUCGGGCUGUAAAAAUUGAUGAUCACGAAUUAGGUCACAUAUCGGAAAUAAUUUUUAUCUAUUAUGAUUUACAACGAAUUGAUUUUAUGAAUCAGUUUCCAUCUCGUUUUCAAUCAUACGUUCUGUAAAUUUAACGCAUAUAGAAAUUUUCUCUUUCGAAUCAAUGAUAGAAUUGCCAAAAAAUGUUUAUCGAGUAAUUUAAAGCACUUGCUUCGUCGUCGAAGCGCUCAUACGUAAAAGCAUCCAAGAUGGGUUGGUGCGUCGAGAAACCAGCUGUUCGCCUACGUUUUAAUCAACGACCGUGCAGUCAAACUGCGUUUUUGUUCAGAUUCUCUCGGACGAUUACUUUCUCGUGGGUCCGAUGCUACGCGAGUGUCGUCGACGUUCGCAAUUGUACAGGUUGAUUAUGUAAGUUUACGGAGAGUUUCACUCGCAGACAAUCUGUACAGAACAUGGGACAUAGUUGGAACAAAACGUCGGGGAAGGAUCCGAGGGCUCUGUUACUCUGUUACACUUUGCAAGUCCAAUUGUAUCAAAAACACGCGGGGCUAACUUCCGUGUAACUUAGGUAACGGCGAUUCGCGGUAUUACGUACAUUUAAAUUGCUAAUGAUGAAAAGAAACAUAAAGUCGAAUUAUUUGUCACGGCGUAAAUACAUACAAAUAUAAAAAUUAAUUUGAAAUGUUUCAUUUAGCAUUUGACUUAGCAUAAUAGAAAACAGCCUAAUUGAGGCAAAGAUUUUUAAGAGAACUGCAUCUUGCUUGUUUUCUUUCGGUGUGGCAGCCCAUCGAAACAGGUCUAGAUUACGAAAAGAGUAAGACCCAACAGGGUAUCGCGCUAGUAUCUACUUGUUCUGUAAAUACGUUACGAGAUGGUGGCUGGCAAAAUGAUAAAGCAUGUGAUGCUUGCUCAACUGCGAACAAAUUUUAAAUUCUAUGGGUCGUUCAUUUCCCAACUACUUCGAUGCGUCCAUCGAAUUUAGAAGAACCGAAAGACGUUUGUAUUUCUUGCUAAUUUUCUAAUUCCGAGGUAAAAAACGAAACAAUAUCGAGUAAGGUGGAAGGAUGAAGUGGACGUAGAUAGAAACAGAGAAUAAAUUAGCGUCGCUGCUCGAAGGAGUCAGUGAGUUCGUAGCCAAAUAUUAACUGCAACAUCGUUUGUCGCGUGGGUAAGAACCGAUUAGAUUAAAUAGAUAUAAUCGAUGUCACUGCGCCUGUACAAUGUGUGAGCGAAGAAGAACUUCAGGCUUUUAUUUCAGACUUUUUUAUUCCCCAGGUUCGAUUUACCCGUUGUAUUCCGCGAGGGUUCUUUGUACCUAUGUAGUACGCUGACUGAGUAAACUUUAGAAGCUUUACCAUUGGAAAAUGGACGAUUCACAUGUAGAAUGAACACCGUAGUGAAUGAGGCGAGAUCGAUAAAACGAGAACGUGGCGACUGUGUUAAUUCAUAGAGAACGGUGCGGAGUAAUUAUGUAUCGAGAUAAAUUGCGUCGGUGAUUCGAGGGGCAACUAGGCUGUUUUCUUUUUAAAAGAGGAAAAAUAAAAGGAAAUAUUGUUUUAUAUCCGUCGUCUGUCACUGUGAAAUUUUAAUCAAUACUUAUUUUAUAUACUACUGUUUCCUCCUCCAUUAAAAAGUUAGAACGCUGAUUAGAUUGUUAUUCUUUAUGAAUAUCAUAAUUGGAUAUAAAUUUUUUAUAAAAACUAAUUGAAUUCGUUCCUCCGAUCACCAAUCGAAUGAACGCGGACGAUAGCGUUCAUCCUGUGAAAAAAAAAAAUAUUGUCCAGGCUACAAUUAAUUUAUAAUUACGAGAGAGAAAGGGAGAGGGGAAUCUAUGAUGCGGCCGGAAAUCGUGGACGAACGCUAUGGUCACGCGACGGAAUAUAUCUAAAAAGAAAAACUACAAUUCCCACGCAACGAAUCUUGAAAGUAGUCAAUAUCUAAUCAAUUUCGAAGAUAUCGUAGCGGUAGACGAUUUAAGAAAACAUGAAAAAAUAAUGCGAACGAAAAUUCGUGUAAACGUGGGACACCAAUCACGUUUAACUAAAAACCACGGGAGGAGAGAUAGGACGAACACUUUUAAAGUGAAUGAUGUUCAAGCAAAUGAUGAAGAAUCUUCCAUUAGAUUGAAUAUCAUUAUAUAGAACAUCGAUUGUAAAAAAUGAAAAGAACAAAAAUCGAUAUUGUUAUUUCGAAAUGAACGAGUGAUGAUUAAGCGAUGCGAGGUGUAUAUUGUAUAUAUAAAUAUUAUUAUAUAAUAAACAUAGCGGUGAGAAGACAAAAGAAAACAGAAAAAAAGUAGCACAUAUUUUUAAAGAGAAACGAAAAGCGAAACGAUCGAGCGGAGACGCGAGCGCGCGGUGCUAAUCAAGGCACUAAUAAGUUUAAAAAGUGAGAGACAGAAUAAAACCGAUCGACUUCGAUCAUCCUUGUUAAUCAUAGGCGACUUAAUUAAAUAUCAAGCGAAGCACCAGAUAAAAAUCUUUAAUUCGUAGCGUGUAUCUCCGAGGAACGCUGCUAAGAAAAAAAAAAAAAUAAAAACGAUCUCCGAUCCUUCACGAAGGGAUUAGGGAUGUAAUGAACUAACGAUGUUUAUGAACCAAUGCAUUUUCAUGCCGAAAAACAAAUAAAAUUUGCAAGUCGGACAUGUUUGUCUGUUCUUUAACUAGA